UCAUCUUCCUAACUUAAAGGCUGACAACCAAGGUAUCUCCUGGCCACUACAUAUAUUACUAGUGCCCUAAACGCCCUUUAUAGACUUACGCCCGACCACUUUACCUGGAUAGUCGGCAUUUUGACUUCAGCUAUGGCUCUACUUCCUCUACUGUGUCUUUUGUGCGUCUACUCGCAGAUCCAGGGUCAGGGGUUCGUCCCUUACGGCACCCACGCUCCAAUCACAGUCGUCACUCCAACAACUUCUACAGUCACUGUUCAGACAACCCUGACCCACACUCUGCGGGAGACGACGACCUCUGACGUGUGGGUUACAGAGCAGACGGCGGUCACCCUGACAGUCACCCAGACAACCACCCAAUGGGACUUUGUUCCCCAGUAUCCACAGACGGUGACCUCUGUGAUAAGGGUGACCUCCACACCGGUAGUGGUUGAGACGGCUACGGUGGGGGUCAACCCAGUGAGCACAAUGGUGUCCAUCUACAGUCAGUUCGUUACCACCACAGAUACUGUUAAAUACUGGCAGACCAUAACCCACGUCGCUGUCACUCACGAGAUCCAGACGGUGCCUGUGGUAACUACUCAAGAAUUGCUGCAGGAGAUAGUAACUACGGUCACCCAGAUAGUAACGACUACGGUUACCUCCACCACUGCCAGAUAUUAUGCAUAAUGUAAACUCUGAAAUUUACUUCAGUUUUGUACAAAAUAAAUGUUUUGAAGAUUA